CUCAACGUGUGUGUGUGUUUGUCUUAACAAGCUUCUCGUGAGUCACCAGUUUUUGUUCUUCAACUUCAACUCAUCAUUUUUCUUAACUCUACUGGAGUACACUUUCCUCCAUUAUUAUCACAUUUUUCUCUUCAAUUCACUUCAAUAAACUCUCCUAAUUGAAAGAAAAAAAAUGGAUUUAGCUAUAGGUUCAAACUAUGCAUCUCUUAGAAGCAGUGUGUUCUUAGGUGAAACUUUAAAGGGAAAUUUAAGCACAAAAUUUCUCACAUCACCUAAGUUUUCACAAAUUCACAUCAAUAAUCUUAGAAGCUUUAAUCCCAGAAAUGGUGCUUCAUAUUCUGUUCUUACAUCAGGGAUCAAUGAUUUUGAAGAGUCUAUGACAUUUCAUGAGGGACCCUAUUUUGAUACUCCUAAAGCAGACCCAAAAAGUGUAGCUUCGAUCAUUUUGGGUGGUGGUGCUGGAACUCGCCUUUUUCCUCUCACUAGCAAAAGAGCUAAACCUGCGGUUCCAAUUGGAGGGUGUUACAGACUCAUAGAUAUCCCUAUGAGCAAUUGCAUCAACAGUGGCAUUAGGAAAAUAUUCAUCUUGACACAGUUCAAUUCUUUCUCCCUCAACCGCCACCUAUCCCGCUCCUACAAUUUUGGUAAUGUCUCCACUUUUGGAGAGGGUUUCGUGGAGGUCUUGGCUGCCACUCAAACAUCUGGAGAAGCAGGGAAGAAAUGGUUCCAAGGAACAGCUGAUGCUGUGAGGCAAUUUAUAUGGGUUUUUGAGGAUGCUAAGACCAAGAAUGUUGAGCAUAUAUUGAUACUCUCUGGUGAUCAUCUUUAUCGAAUGAACUAUAUGGAUUUUGUACAGAAACAUAUUGACACAAACGCUGAUAUCACGGUAUCGUGUAUUCCCAUGGAUGACAGUCGAGCAUCAGAUUAUGGGCUGCUAAAAAUUGACGGAAAGGGACGGAUUAUACAGUUUGCGGAAAAGCCCAAGGGAUCAGAACUGAAAGCAAUGCGUGUCGACACCACACUUCUUGGGUUAUCUCCAGAAGAAGCAAAGAAACAACCUUAUAUUGCAUCCAUGGGUGUCUACGUGUUCAGAACCGAGACCCUACUGAAACUUUUAAGAUCAAACUGUUCUACAUGCAAUGACUUUGGAUCUGAAAUCAUUCCAUCUGCUGUGAACGACGAUCACAAUGUCCAGGCAUAUUUGUUCAACGACUACUGGGAAGAUAUUGGAACCAUAAAGUCCUUCUUUGAUGCAAAUCUGGCCCUAACAGAUCAGCCUCCAAAAUUUCAAUUCUAUGAUCCAAAUACACCUUUCUACACUUCCCCAAGAUUCCUACCACCCACUAAAGUAGAAAAAUGCAAGAUCGUGGACGCAAUUAUUUCUCACGGUUGCUUCUUGAGGGAGUGCAGUGUUCAACAUUCUAUUGUCGGAAUACGCUCACGUUUAGAGUCCGGUGUGGAGCUUCAGGAUACUAUGAUGAUGGGUGCUGAUUACUAUCAAACCGAGUCUGAAAUUGCGUCUCUGCUGGCAGAAGGGAAGGUCCCAGUUGGGGUUGGAGAAAAUACCAAAAUCAGGAAUUGUAUUAUCGACAAGAAUGCAAGAAUCGGAAGAAAUGUGAUAAUUACAAAUGCAGAUGGUGUUGAAGAAGCAGACAGAACUAAGGAAGGAUUUUACAUUAGGUCAGGUAUCACGGCUAUACUGAAGAAUGCAACAAUUAAAGAUGGAACAGUUAUAUGAAGCACUUCAAGUUCAAAUUAUCAUUUGGAUCUCUCUAGAGUUAGACAUAAAUCUUGAGUACAAUAGUUAACUUGCAGACACUUACAAAGUCGAAUACUUGCUUGUAACAAGCUAUUUUCCAAAUAAAAACAUAUCAUCAGUUUCUGAAUAUAAAUAUCACUGAUAACUAUAUCUUAUUU